AUGUCACCCUACCGUCUGGUAUUCGGAAAAGCUUGUCAUUUGCCCGUGGAAUUGGAGCAUCGAGCUUAUUGGGCUAUGAAAAAAUUGAAUUUAGAUAUGAAAUUGGCCAGUCCACAACGCUUGUUGCAGCUUGAUGAGUUGGAGGAAUUCUGGAAUGAUGCAUACGAAAAUGCAAAGAUAUACAAGGAGCGGACAAAAAUGUGGCAAGACAAGAGUAUCCUAAGGAAGGAUUUCAAGGCAGAAGAGCAAGUUCUUCUAUUCAAUUCUCGCUUGAAAAUCUUUCCUGACAAGCUCAAAUCUCGGUGGCCGAGACCAUUUGUAAUUCGUAAGGUGUUCCCUUAUGGUGCAGUGGAGUUAGUAAGCAUGGAUGGGUCUACCUUUCAGGCAAAUGGGCAUUGCCUCAAGGUUAUACUCAAAAAUGGUUGCAUCGACACUCUAGUCAAUAUGGGAGGGGAAUACGUUGGAGGCUUUGUACAUGUUUAUUCUAGCCGCCCACCACAUGUUCGAUAUAUUGUUUCAUUAAAGAUUUUCAUGUCUACUUGGGACAUACUUCAUUUUCUGAGACAAAUUCAUUGA